UAUUUUGUUACCUUAGGAAUAAACUUUAGUAGUGGUAGAAAAUAAUCAAUAACUCAUAUCACCCCUUCUUUAGCUUUUAAAUGUGCUAUAAAUUACAUCUAUUGCACUCCAAACUAGUAAACUUUACAAUAUGUAGUACUAUUAAAACACUAUGGACUUUAAAAUAACUAAAUACUCACCAAGAUUUAAAGAAGAAUUACCACCAAUCAAUAGGCCAACUCGUCCAACUAGUAGUAAUAUAAUUAAGAACCUUAAAACUUCAAUUGAACAAACAGAAUUAUUAAAUAAAAUUGAUCCACUAAUAUUGGUUGCUCAGUAUGAAAGAGAUAUCAAUCGCAUAAAAAUUAAUCACAACCAAAUGUUAGAAGAACUUUAUAAAGAAAUAGAAAUAUUAAGGUCCAAAAAUCGAGACCUUUUAGAUGAAUUGAUUAUAAUGAAUGGUGGAAACUAUUGUUGCAAGCAUUUAGAAAAUUUGGGUUUUGAGAUUUUAAAAUCUAAUGCAAGCGAUAAUCAAAAACAACUGAGUGAUGUACUAAACAAUGCUAAAAUGCAUCAAAUAUCUACAGAAGACAUUAAAAAUGAUACAAAUUACAACUAUAAAAAAGAACUGCCUGAAUUAAUAGCUGUAGGGAAUAAGUUCAUAAGUAAAGAUAUUGAAAAUAAAUCAAAUUUACUUUUGCAAGACCAAUUAUAUGAAAGCAAUAAAUUGAUUGAUGUACUUAGACAAGAAAAUAUUCAACAAAAGGCGGAGCUAAAUUCAUUAAAUUCAUUAUUAAACAAAGGCUUGACAAUUUCUGGUGUUGGAUUGAAUAAUGGCCUGAUCAGAACAAACUUGAAUUCUGGUAAAAGAUUUCUAUCUUCGUUGUCUCAUCCUACGAUUUCUUACAUGGAUUUUAUCAGUUCAGAGGAAAAUGUACAGUCAAUCUCUAGAAAUGAAUAAUUUGUACAAUAAUACAUUGAGUUUGCAUGAGUUUAACAUGUAUACUAUUAUGUACAAGUUACCUAGGUAUUUAAGAUUUGUGUACCUAAUUAUGGUUGCUGGAAAUCAUAAUAUUGGAUCAUUUCAAAAAAAUAUUUUUAAUGAUUACCUAUAUCUACUUUUAGAAUAUUAUUAAAUCAUUACUAUAAUACCUACGUUUAUGUUACCUGUCCAAGUAUUUUUUAAUUAUGAUAAUUGAUAAGUGUAUAUAGUACUAUUAUAGAAUAAUUUACUAUUGUAGUGAAUUAUAGUGAUAACUAUUCUUUAUAUCAAUUAUUAUUAUUUUAAUAUUUAUAUUUAGCUAUUCCCUGUGCCUAAUAGUAUUACUAAAAUUGUAUUAUAAUAUCAGCUUUCAGGCAGCUAGGAGUGCUAGGACUAUGUCUCAGACCCCCUUCGUUAGCUCUGUCAAUAAAUCGCUGAGAUUGGAUAUCAAUUUCGGAGACAGGGUCUUCGAGUUGUGUAUAAGUCGCAAGUACGUUUAUCAAAACCACAAUUAAAGAUACCUACAUCGCGAUUUGGCGGUCUCUUUUCGAAAGCGGGUAUGUUUGAAAGUCGAGGUGACUGUGUGAGUGUCUAGAAAUCUCUCAUGGCCAGUGAAAAUCGGUAAUUGAACGGGCUUGAUAGUUGAUACAGUCGCCUCGGCACAUUUUUGAACCUCGGAGAGCUGGAUACGGUCCAGCCUUGUGCUUUUAUGUAAGUCAAAAAUAGUCAUCACCGGUGUAAAACAAUAGAUACCAAACUGAGCCAACAUGCUGCGGCGGAUAGACAUAGAAAAAAAAACUGAAAAAAAAAAAAAA